AUGGAUCUGCACGAGGUGCAGUCGCACCUCCAUGAAUGGCUCCAGGAGGCCGCCGUCGCCUUCCAGAAGGUGCCCGGCUCGGCCGUCCUCAUCCGCUACGUCCGCUCGAGCUACCAGAACGACCCCGUGCGCUCCGCGAUCGAGCUGGUGCUGUUCAUUUUCUUCAUCCGCUACCUCCUGUCGCCGAGCUACUCGACGUCGAAGCAGAACUACGUCAAGUUUACCGAGGCUGAAAUCGACGAGCUGGUAGAGGAAUGGACGCCCGAGCCAUUGGUGGCCGCGCCGACCGCACAGGCCGAGGCAGACUUGGAGAAGGUGCCUGUGAUCGUUGGCCCUACCGGCCCCAAAUCGAGGCUCGCUAACGGCAAGACGGUCACGAACCUCGCGUCGUACAACUUCUACAACUUCAACGCCAACGAGCAGAUCAAGGAGAAGGCCAUCCAGACCCUGCGUGUCUACGGCGUCGGCCCCUGCGGCCCGCCUAAUUUCUACGCCACGCAGGACGUGCACAUGAAGCUCGAAGCCGACAUCGCCUCGUACUUGGGCACCGAGGGGUGCAUCAUCUAUGCGCACGCCUUCUCGACCAUCACCAGCGUGAUCCCGACGUUCUGCAAGAGAGGGGACAUCAUCGUUGCCGACAGGGGCGUCAACUACUCGAUCCGGCGCGGCAUUGAGGUGUCGCGGAGCACCAUCAAGUGGUACAACCAUAAUGACCUGGAGGAUCUGGAGAGGGUGAUGCGCAAGAUCGUGCAGGAGCAGGCUGGCAAGAAGCUGACGCGCCGCUUUAUCGUGACCGAGGGGCUGUUCGAGAUGACGGGCGACAUGAAUGACCUGCCGAAGCUGCUCGAGCUUAAGGAGAAGUACAAGUUCCGCAUCAUCCUCGACGAGAGCUCUUCCUUCGGCGUGCUCGGCCGCACCGGCCGCGGGUUGACCGAGGCGCAAAACGUGGAUCCCACGCAAGUCGACAUGAUCGUGGGGUCCCUCGCCGGCCCGCUCUGCGCCGGUGGCGGCUUUUGCGCGGGGAGCCGGGCCAUGGUGGAGCACCAGCGCAUCACAUCGACCGCGUACACCUUCUCGGCUGCCCUGCCCGCUAUGCUCGCCGUCACGGCCAGCGAGAGCCUGAACCUGCUACAGUCGAACCCCGAGAUCCUGCAGCAGUGCCGCGAGAACAUCCGGCUCAUGCGCGCCCAGCUCGACCCCCGGAGCGACUGGGUGACGUGCACCAGUGCGCCGGAGAAUCCUGUCAUGAUCUUGGUGCUGAAGCCCGAGGUUGUCAAGGCUCGGAGGCUGAGCAUCGAGGACCAGGAGCGGCUGUUGCAGGAGUGCGUCGACGAGGCGCUCGCCAACGGCGUGCUCAUCACCAAGCUCAAAUGCGCACCAGUUUCGAACCACACCAGCAUCAAGGACGGCGUCUGGACGGUCACCCCGGCGCUGAAGGUGUGCGUCUCGUCCGGGCUGUCCAAAAAGGACGUCGAGAAGGCCGGCGUCACUAUCCGGCACGCCGUCACCAAGGUUAUGACGCGCAAGACGAAUAACAAGCUCAACCUGCCGGCUGCGUGA